AUGGGUGAGGAUGGAAAUACCAGCACCUUCAACAUCUCCUACACCAACUUCUUCCUGGUGGGUUUCCCUGGAUUGCAAGAAUGGCGACUCUUCCUGGUCCUUCCUCUUAUCUUCUUCUAUGUGACCAUCAUCUCUGCCAAUGCCCUGAUCAUCCACAUAGUGGUUGCCCAGCGAAACUUGCAUCAGCCCAUGUAUAUGCUCAUUGCUCUCCUCCUGGCUGUCAAUAUCUGUGCUGCUACAACUGUGAUACCUAAAAUGCUAGAGGGCUUUGUACGUUAUUUUAACCCCAUAUCACUGGAUGGUUGCCUGACCCAGAUGUUCUUCAUCUACUUCACCCUUCUUUUGGACUACAACCUCCUUCUGGCCAUGGCCCUAGACCGCUACAUGGCCAUCUGCCACCCACUCCACUAUACUAACCUAAUGACCUCCCGUCUGCUGGGCCUCCUGGCCCUUCUUGUCCUGACACGAAGCCUGGGAGUGGCAGUGCCCUUGGUGGUGCUAACUGCACAAGCUCAAUUCUGCCGAACAGGAGUGAUAAGACAUUUUGCUUGUGAGUACAUUGCACUACUAAGCAUAGCUUGUGGAGACCUGACUUUCAACAACUGGUUGGGGCUGGUUAUGCGAUUGGUCACUGUGACCUUUGAUCUAACCCUGUUAGGGACUUCCUACACCCGCAUCAUUUAUGCUGCCUUCCACAUCUCUUCAGGGGGAGCCCGAGCCAAGGCCUUGCAUACAUGUGGCUCCCACUUGUUAGUCAUCCUCACCAUCUACCUCUCUGGUCUUUCCACUUCCAUUGUCUUCCGAGUAGCUAGGAAUGUUUCUCAGGAUGUCCAGAAUCUUCUCAGUGCCAUAUACUUGCUGCUCCCAGGAGCCUUGAAUCCUGUCAUUUAUGGGGUAAGGACUAAGGAGAUCCGGCAAUAUGUAGAAAAGAUGCUCUGUGGAAAAGAAUCAGCCCAGAAGAUUAGAGAUAAACCAAACAGAUUGCAGAACAUGAGAGUGGAAAGAAAACUGCCAGGGUAA